AUGGAUUUUAUGAAACCAGAGACUGUUUUGGACUUGGGCAAUAUCCGACAAGCUCUUGUUCGAAUGGAAGACACUAUAGUGUUUGACCUUAUCGAGCGUUCACAAUUUUUCAAGUCUCCAUCCGUGUACGAGCCAAAUAAGUUUCCUAUCCCUGAUUUCAAGGGUAACUUUUUGGAGUGGGCGUUGCUACAGAUGGAGUUGGUACAUUCACAAAUUAGGAGAUACGAGGCGCCCGACGAAACGCCUUUUUUUCCUCAACAAAUCAAGAAGCCUAUCCUACCACCAAUCAACUACCCUAAGAUCCUUGCAUCGUACUCAGACGAGAUUAACGUGAAUCUGGAGAUUAUGAAAUUUUACGUUGAAGAUAUCGUGCCGCAAGUGAGUUGUGGUGAUGGUGACCAAUUGGAAAACUUGGGUUCUGCUUCAACCUGUGAUAUUGAGUGUUUACAAGCAAUCUCGCGAAGAAUACAUUUUGGUAAGUUUGUUGCCGAGGCCAAAUACCAGCUGGACAAGCCACUAUAUAUAAAACUUAUUUUAGAUAAGGAUGUAAAGGGAAUUGAGGACUCCAUUACCAAUAGUGCGGUUGAAGCGAAAAUAUUGGAACGGUUGGUGGUAAAAGCUGAGAAUUAUGGUGUAGAUCCAUCGAUGAAGUUUGGUCAAAAUGUAAAGAGUAAAGUCCAGCCAGAGAUUAUUGCACAGCUUUAUAAGAAGUGGAUCAUUCCAUUGACAAAAAAAGUUGAAGUUGAUUAUUUAUUAAGACGAUUAGAAGAUGAAGAUGAAGCGUUGGUCAAGCAAUUCCAAAAAGAAGGAAAUUAG